AUGGCGAACGAUAACACCCAAAUGCCACUGGCGGAUUUAUUGGAACAAUUGGCCAUUAGAGAGCGCCAGUUGGAACAAUUACAGCAAGCUUAUGUGCAACUCCAGGCUAGCAACAUCAAUGCAGCACAAGGACGGUUGUUUAAAACCGUAAACCACCUGGCAACGUUCACAGGAAUAGGGGAGAUUUCGAUAAAUUCAUUCUUCAGCAGCGUCGAGUAUCUACUCCAGUCAAUACAAGAUCCAGAGUUAAAACGAGAAGUCACCAGGACGAUAUUCUAUAGGACAAUCCAAGGACAAGCGAAGGAUGCAGUGAUCAACGUGCCGGAACCCGACAACUGGGAGUUAAUUAAAGCAACCCUAAAACUAAGAUACCGACCGGACACUGAACCACACCAAAUUUACAGGAGGAUCUGCGACCUAAGAGUAAACACGAUCAGUGAACUAGCCGUAGAAAUACAGAACAUAAAAUAUAAAACUGAUGAACUAAUAGUUCAUCAUAAAAAUGACAAUUUCAUAGAUUUAAGUAAUGUUGAAAGCUGGUUAGUAAACACGGUGAAAGAAGUGACACAAGGUACACUGCUAGAUAAAAUAUAUGAAGAAAAAGAAUUAGGAGCAAUAUUAAAAAUAAUGAUGUUACGCAGAUACGAGAACAGCUGUAUUAGAUAUCAAUAUAGAAAAGUCAGAACUAACAGAAAUAAUGCAGAGGCAGGGCCUAUCAACAAAAACCAGGGAAACAUUAAUCAAAACAGCCAACAACAAAAUUACAGAAACUUUAAUCAGAACAAUGCACAGCCAAAUGACCAAAUUAUACAACAAAACUAUAGGAAUUUUAAUCAGAACAAUGUACAACAGAACAAUCAGCAAUUUUCCAAUAACCAAAAUAAUAGGAACCAACAACAGAACUAUAGAUAUAACAACUCAGGGCAAUUUAGGCAAAAUAAUACACAGCCAAAUCUAAGAAGCAAUUCGGGACAAAGUAGACAAAAUCAAAACUAUCAGCAAUCAGGUUCACACCAAUCCAGACUGUAUAGACCAGGAAAUGCAGAACCAAUGGAAAUUGAUAAUUUAGAAGCCGACCAAAACAGGAACAAUGACAAUGACCAAUAUCAGGGUGACGACUACAACGACAACAACGAUUCAAACGAUCAGUACAGUCACCAUGCAGAGGUUAAUAAUACUGUUUUUUUUAUGAAGCAGCCUCGGAAUGCCUACCAUUAA